CGCGUCUAUUCUUAGAAUAGGGUUCGUUUGAUGAGAAGAACUCUGCCUCGCUCACUCGUCGUCCGGCGCGCGUCCAAUAAACCAUCAGGAGUGAGUUUUUCUCUCCUUAUAUUUCCUUCCCGUUCGUUAACCCGUUUCUGUCUCUCUCGCCUUAAAGCGAGUAUCCAUACCCGACAAAGAAAAGAACAAAGAUGUCUGGAUUAGCGGACCCAGUGGCAUUCGCCAAGGAUUUCAUAGCUGGCGGCGUGGCCGCUGCUAUCUCGAAAACAGCAGUAGCACCGAUCGAACGUGUUAAACUUCUGCUGCAGGUACAGCACAUCUCAAAGCAAAUCGCUGAAGAUCAACGUUACAAGGGUAUGAUCGAUUGUUUCGUUCGUAUCCCUAAAGAGCAAGGAUUCUUAAGUUAUUGGCGUGGUAACUUUGCAAAUGUCAUCCGAUACUUCCCUACUCAGGCUUUGAACUUUGCAUUCAAAGACAAAUACAAGCAAGUUUUCCUUGGGGGUGUUGAUAAGAAUACCCAGUUCUUCCGUUAUUUCCUUGGUAAUCUUGCAUCUGGUGGUGCUGCUGGUGCCACGUCUCUUUGCUUUGUCUAUCCACUUGAUUUUGCCAGAACUAGGUUGGCUGCUGAUGUUGGCAAAGCUGGUGGAAACCGUGAAUUCACUGGACUUGGAAACUGCUUGACUAAAAUUUUCAAAAGUGAUGGAAUUACUGGUCUAUACCGUGGUUUCGGAGUAUCCGUCCAGGGUAUCAUUAUUUAUCGAGCAUCUUACUUUGGUUUCUAUGACACUGCCCGUGGCAUGUUGCCGGAUCCUAAGAAGACACCAUUCCUUAUUUCAUGGGGUAUUGCCCAAGUUGUAACAACCGUAGCUGGUAUCAUAUCUUAUCCCUUUGACACGGUACGUAGGCGCAUGAUGAUGCAGUCCGGACGUGCUAAGACCGAUAUCCUGUACAAGAGCACUUUACAUUGCUGGGCCACUAUCUACAAGUCAGAAGGUGGUAGAGCUUUCUUCAAAGGUGCAUUCUCUAAUGUUCUCCGUGGUACUGGUGGUGCCCUCGUACUUGUAUUGUACGACGAAAUUAAGAACCUUCUUUAAAAAUACUGCAAUGAUAUCCUCACCUCAUUAACUUCACAAUCGCAAUCACAACCACCUUCAUCGUUAUUCUUGUCAUUGAAUUUAGUAACAAUUUUCGAAUCAAGAGACAGAUUACCCAUAUACUGUCGAUAACUAUACAAUUAAUUUAGGCAAAGGAUAACCGACAGCGUUUAAUGAAAUCCAUGAAACUCGAUAGAAUAUAAUGUUGUAUCGUGGGUUAGAUGAAAAUAUCUUUAAUUUAUUGUCGGAUUCAGUAUUUUAUUGCAGCGGUUCAACGUUAUAUACAACUUGUCAUAUGUCACUUCCAUUAUAGAAAAAACAAAAUACAUGUACGUAUUUGUGAAAAAGAAAAAAAGUAACAGUUUUAGAAACGUCUUUGACGUGUAAUAAAGUAAUAAGAGCGUUACGUGCAUAUGAAAAGCUAAUUAACAUUGGAAAGGUAAUCGGUCUACUUGACUUCAACAUUGGAGGUUGUUCAUAGAAAAGCAAAAACAGGAUGUACAAUUGAUCGAGUGAGGGACGCGCGACGAAAAAUAAAACAUUAAACGGCGAUGGCGGGGCGCGUAGACCUGGGCCGCCCCCCGCCCUUAAUCUCGGCCCAUUGUAGAUAAUUAAUUAUUCGUAAUUAAUAAAAUAUCAUUUUAUGGUAUCAGCGAAAGUCCAUCGAAAUUUGAUGGACAUUUAUUUAAUUUCACACUCCAGUCGACUAUGUGUAGGAUAAUGAGACGCGUUAUUCAGAAUGAAUGUAUCUGUUCAUGUUAAGAUGCAUUCAAGGAAAGCAGCAAAUCAAUAAAAAUGAUACAAAAUUUAA